AUGAGUACCGUCGAUGUGAAUGUCGCAACGUCUGUUGCCCAGGCGAAUCACCCCGACCUUAUGGCCGCGAACGCGCCCGUAGUGGACUCGACGACCCAGGUGUCGCCGAUCCCGCGCAGCACCAACUCGCGCGGAGGGGGCCGCUCUUCCAAUAGGAAAGCGCCGAUUCCGCCGCCGCCACGCGCCUCGCCGUCGAGCUCUUCCGGUUAUCCGGGUGUGAGCUGGAACAAGCGCAUGGGUGCCUGGCUCUCGUUCUACUACGACGCCGACACGCGCCGUAGUCGCACAUUUCACCCCAAAUACUACGAUUUCGACGUGGAGAAGGCGAAGCAGGCCGCCAUCGAGUUUAUGAAAUCGAUCGAGAAGCACCCGCGCUGCAGCCUGCGCAAGAGCCGCCGUGACGCCAAGAACGCGGCCUUCCUCAAUGGCGGGUACAACUUUGACCCGCAGUACCUGGAUAUCCCAGGGCGUACCAGGAAGCGCAGUGCGGUCAACCACCUGGUCAACAACGAGUACAAAACGCGGAGCUCGAAGAACCAGAUGAACAUGACCAACAACCAGACCUCCAUGUCGGAGAUGUAUGACAUGGAGUCACUGAAGCGCAACUUCCAAAUGACCUCCAACUUCCUGGACCCCUGCUACGUGGGAAACUCGGGCUCCAUGGACAGCGAAUACGUGAGCGCAAACAAUGCCCUGGAAAACAACUAUCUCAGCGGUUCGUUCGAGUCCCAGCAGGAUUUCGACAAGGGAUACCAGAGCCCGAUGACCUGGCCCGCAUGCCAGAGCUUUUUCGGCAACCCGGAGUACUACAUGGACUCCCAGAACUACAGCGUGCCCUUUCUGGAGGGCGACAUGGCCUACACGUCCCCCAGCAACGUCUACUCAGAGGGCGACCUGCCCUACGCUGGCAACAGCGCCAGCAGCUCCCAGCAGGUACAGCAGACUGAACAGGUGAUUCCGGAGAACGCAGAGUCGCAGUCACAGAACAUGUUUGUUGGCAACUACGAGAUGUCGCCCACCAACGAGGACGCGGAGAUUCACAUGCUCAUGCAGUCGAUCGCCCUCUCGCCGAGCGAAAGCUUCGACGGACUCCGCCUGACCACGUACAACUACGGCGACGGCACCAGCGGCAGCAGCGGCUCCGCCAACCCGCAGCAGGCCUUCAACAACGGCGGGAACACGCCGCUCGGCAGCCCCUACCUCUCGCCGUACGUGCAGACCAUCUACAACCAGUUCCCCGAGGAUUCCGAGCUUAACCGCACCUUCGGCUUCCAAAACCUGAUACUCGCCAACGAGGCGCAGCCAAGCCAGCAGACGCAGCCCGUCAUGCACUCACAGAGCUAA